AUGAGCUGCCCGCCGUGUGCACCGUCAAAUACUGCAAGUUAUCAAAAUCCAUAUCCACAAUCAAAACCAUAUCAACAACCGAAUCCUAAUCAGCCCCAACAAGGUAGUUAUUCACAACAACCAUCAUUUCAAAAUCCUAAUGCGCCAUCAUAUCCUCAACAAUAUCAAGGUGGAUAUCCUCAAAAUGAUCCAUUAGGACCACAUCAACAAUUUGCUGGUGGCUACAAUACAAAUAUUCCUAAUGAUCGUCUUCGAGAAAUAGCUAGAGAAUAUGAAAUAAAUGAUGAAUUAGUACAACGUUUAAAUAUACCUCAACAAUUUGAAAUUGUUAUACUUUGCGAUGAUUCUAGUUCAAUGAAUACACUUGUUGAUGGAACAACUCGUACUCGUUGGAAUGAAUUACAACGUAUCAUACGAAUUAUUAUUGAUAUUGGUACUAUAUUUGAUUCGAAUGGUGUUGAUGUACAUUUUCUUAAUCGACCUCCUAUGCUUAAUAUUACUUAUCCUCAACAAGUUAUUGAAUCAUUCAAUCAACGUCCUCGAGGAUUAACACCACUUACUCCUGCAUUACGACGAAUUUUUCAAUCAGGAGCAAGUAAACGUAGUAAGAACAAACGUUUAUUAGUUUUCAUAGCUACAGAUGGAGAACCAACUGGUAAUUAUGGUAAUGUUGAUAUACCAAGUUUAGAAAAUUUAAUGCGAUAUGAACGUCAAUCAAAUACUAUGUAUGUAACAUUUCUUGCUUGUACUGUUGAUGGUGCAAGUAAAGCGUCGAAACUUGCACUACCAAAUACUUAUUCACCUGAUAACAGUGGUCAACAACAGAGCCAUAGUGAUAUUUCAUCAUAUUAA